UUUAGCAACCCUGCCGCCAAUCAGCCGCAAUAUUUAUUUACAAAUUGUUGUGAAACUUUAUUCAAUUAAAUAUAAAAAAACCUAAUAUAUAAAAAUGUCCACUUUUGUGGUUAAGCUUCUGCAACGCACCCAACUGUCGCACAGUCAGUUGGACGUUAAGCCCUUCAUAUACGCCCGGAGCAACUGGCUGGACAACGAGGCGGAGUUCGACUUCCUGUCCACAGUGGACAAUCGGAACUACCGAGGCAGUAUUAAAUACGAGGAGCUACGGACUGCAGCCACCGAACUGGAGCAGCCCUUUGAGACCUUCUUCGAGGAGUGCAAGGGCGCGAUGACCACCCACAUGGGACAGCAGGGAUUCGACUACGAACUGUGCCUGGACAACGCAGAGGAGCCAGUCUUCAAAAUGUACAAGUGCAUGGGCUACGAAACGCUAUACUUGGAGAUUGCCCUGCGAACGGUUUCCAACUGCUACCAAUUGCUGGAUGCAGCCAUCGAAGCGGGUCAACAAAGGCCAACUCCUGCGGCUCCAGUGGUUACGGAAUCCCAGAACCAGGAAACCGCAUCGCUGGCUGAGUACGAACAGUAUGUGAAGGAUUCCAAGCAGAAAGAGGAGGAACUUCUGAAGAAAUUCCUUCUGCUUAUAAACAGCAAAAAGGCGCACAUCAGGGACUUGGAGAGCCAGCUAGAGGAGGAGCGCUCGAAAAAGUCCUCCAAUAGUCACAAGAUCUCUAGUGACGAGGAAGAGGACGAAGCCUACGGAGCGGCCACACAGGCUAUGAACGUGGGAGACGAAGAUUCGUAG